CGUCAUUUUGGUAGCGAAGACAAGAAGAAUACUGUCACAGAGGUUAUCUGUAGAUUAUUUCUACUUACAAAAAAAGACAUUUUCGUGCUAUUAUUUGAGCGAAAUGUAACGGUUCGAUCAGAAUAACAAGUGAGUCGGUUGGGUAAAGUUGAAAAAUAAUUAAGCUUAGAAACGAAACAUGUGGAAAGUUCUGUGCUUUGGAAUUUUGUUGGUGGCAUUUGUUGCUGGAGGAAAAAUUGUACCGGGCAAAGUGAUUGGACCAAUUACCGAAGAUCCAGCCAACGAAUGGCCAUUAUUUGGAAGCUACUUCACCAAUAAAUAUGCAAAAAUUGCUCGUGAAAUCGUUCAUAAUGCAAACAACACGCUGCUGGGCACUAUCUCUGUGCAAAAGCCAAUCAAAGGCUAUCCAAUGAUUGAUUCGAUACAAGUGGCUGAUAGCAAAUGGAAUGCAUCAUCAACGGGCAAUGUGAAUUUCUAUUUGCAAAAGAAUGACCCAAUUUUUGCGAAUAUCAAAAAGAAGAAUGAAGUCAGCGCUCUGUUCUCCAAUGAAACCACACAAAUCAAUAAUGAAACAUCGCAAGUGGAAACAGUUGGCCAUCGUGUUCUCAUUACAGGAUUUGUUGCUCAGAUGCCAGUAAACACAACCAUCUACAAUGACACACGUGAUGCCUUGUUAGACCGCCAUCCCGAGGCAGCUCCAGUUCUGGAAAGAAUAAAUACCAUCCUGUGCAAGCUUGAAAUCGAUCAAGUCUGUGUGAUUGACGAUGUUAGCGGUCCAUUCUGUUUGACUGCUGAUGAUUAUUACAACGCCGAUGUCGAUGAAUAACGCAAUUACAAUGAGUCAUCAUUUCAUCGAUUUACAACCUUAUGUCAUUUCGGUUAUCUCGAGAGCUUCAAGUCGUUGUAAACAAAACACUUUUUCCUUCAGUAAAUGCCAAUGCCUUCUUUUUUUUAUGACAAAUAAUAAACAAAUUCUGAGCGAUAA